AUGCCGGGGCCAACGUCCAAUCAGCGCCUCGCCUCGGCCGCCCAUGCCGAGCGCAGGCGCGGUGAGGGGAGGGGAGGUGAAGCGGCGGGCUCUGUGGCGUCCCCUCAGGGGCGGUGGGGCAGCGGCGGGGGGAAGAUGGCGCCGUUCCUGUGUUUGGGGCUGAGGGGUGGGCGCUUCCACACUGCCUGCAGCCAGUCUCACAGAAACGCAGUGAUUUCAGUGCUGGCCUCCUACAACGGCACAUCUCACUCUUGCCAGCCUCGAGUCCGGAUUAACCAAAGUGAUUUUUCACUGACCUUGGAUGAUCUCACUGCAAGCAGCAGUGGAGAGUAUCUGUGCAAUGCUUCAGUGCCUCACUACACAACGCUUACUGCGAGAGCUCUGCAAGUUGGGAAGUUGCCCCUCCUUCCAGUUUGGAGAUGGGCACCGGCAAGGGGACCGCAGAGCCAAAGCGACAUUUCUUGUUUUCAGUCAGCAGCUUCCUAUGGCAAGGGUCUCAAAAGCAGUGGCUGCCCUCAGUUACCACCAACGGCCCUCAGAGCUGAGGGCACAGGGAGACUCUCAGGAUCAUGUCUUAGAUGCUCUGCUGAUAGCAAAUAUGGUCUUUAA